UUUUAGACGUGAGUACAAUUAAUGAUGGCCGCUGAGACGCCAUGUCGAGGAUUGUGAUGAUGCGGUGAACGCAGGAACUUUCCUCAUGUUGGACCCCGCACGGCCCCGUUUCCUACCAGCAAGAGUUUCAGCGUUUUGUAAAUAUUUUUGUUUUGAGAAAGCCUUGAAUUUAAUUUGGGGCUUUCGUUUCAUUGUUUAUGGAUUAAUAUGAAUCUUGAUCCGCUUUCCUUUGCCUUGGCAGAGAUAAGUUAUUCAGUGGCCAAUCUCACAAAGAAAAACUACAAAACAAGUGUCACUGAAAUAAACCACCUUGUCAAACAACACGGGGCUGAAGCUGACAGGCAUCUUUUUAGGUGCCUUUUUUCUCACAUUGAUUUCAGUGGGGAUGGUAAAAGCAGUGGCAAAGAUUUCCAUCAGAUUCAGUUUCUGGUGCAAGAGUGUACAGGAUUAUUAAGCAAGCCCAAUUUCAUCUCUAUACUUUGCUACGCCGUCGACAACCCACUUCUCCAGCAAAAGAGCCUGAGACCUUCAGCUCAGCUUCUACCCCAGCUGAGCAAAGUUUUAAAACUGAGCAGAGUGCAGGAGGUUGUUUUUGCCUUUGCACUGUUAAACUCGUCCAACUCGGAAACUCGACAGUACUCCUCACAGUUUCUCAAGCAGAAGCUUCCAGAUAUUUUACACUCCUACGUUGAUGCCGACACCACAGCACGGCAGGAGGGAGGCCUGCAAGAUGCAGGUAUAGAGGCACUUCACCUUCUUUUGUCCCACCUUUUCCACGGUCGUGAUACAUUUGGCAUUGGCAAGGAGCAAAAGGAAGCACUUCUUAAGACCCUUCGACGAGAACUUGAAGUGUCCUUUGCAGACUUUCCACCAAAUCGUGUGCCUGCAGUUUUAAGCCCUUUUCUCUACUCGGAAAUUGAAGACAUUCCUCUGUCCAAACUGACAGAUUUUACCAACAUGCCUCACUCACUUAUGGAGACUUCUUUGGCAGACCUGUUGCUGGAAGCUGGCUAUAGCUGUACCUCCAGUUUGGAAGAAUGCCGUGGUGUGGUAGGACAAGUUGGGAUACGAGAGCUUACCACUUCAUCGGUUGCCUUCGUCAUUGGCAUGAUGGCCAAAACACCUACAGGCGUUGGAGAUCAAAACCAGCAGGCCCAGAGUGGUGGAUGGGGAGACAGGCCAGAAACUCCUGGAGUGUCGACAUGGAAUGUGGAAGUGUUUGUUCAGACAAUUCAAGAGAUGGUACCUAGUUUGAACUGGAAGGAAGUGGUACAGCAGUUGGAUCACCCAGGAUUCCAUAUUGUUGGCAAGAAGGGGCUACAGCUGCUUGUUCAGGCCUUGUUCCGGGGUCUUCAACAGGAACCUUUUCCCAUUCAGAAUAUUUUCCAGACCUGGAAUAACACAGAGGGACAGGUCAGUGUACAAGCUUCUCUUAUGUCUGUGGCGAUUAAGAUGUUCUUAGGCUCAGGAAAAUAUCGAUUUUGGGGAGCAUGGUCACUUUGA